AUGUCUCUACAAAAUGAAUUAGAAAAUGGCGAAUUCUUAAUUUUCGAGGAUGGAGGAUGCCACAUGGUUGGACAAGCCCAAAAAUCUGUCCAAUAUACCCCAUCAACGCUUUCUUUGACAAAUUUACAUAUCAAACUUAACCCAAAGUAUGAUCUUGAAAUCCCAAGGAAAAUUGCUUUAAGGGAUAUUACAAAAUUCCAAGAGAAAGUUGUCGAAGAUGCACCAGUUUUAGAAAUUUUAUCAGAUGACGUAAGUCAAACAAUCUUGUUAUUUAUUCCAGAGGAGCCACACAGAAUAGCCUUUGUCAAAUUGUUCCAGAAAUUAUGCGCCGCAAAUAACCUUGGCCAAGAUAAAUGCAAUGAAUGCGCUUUGAGAUACCGUCUUCAAAUGAAAGCAUCAAAAGACUUGAACCAAUUCUACUCUAACAUCAAUUCAGGCAAUGAAAAUGAAUCUCCUAUCGAUCAAAUUCUCAAACCAUCAGAUCUUUCUUAUUACCAACUUUUGUCAUCAUUCCAUGUCGUUUUUACAGUCUGCAAUUUCAUCUCAGAUAUCCAAGAUACAUCUCCGAUGCUCUUUUUCGCAGUUCUCAUUACAUUUUUGGGAAUUAUGAAUAUUUUGGCUUAUUUCUUCGGUUUCGGCUUCUUGUUUGCAUUUGUUCCUCUUACAGCCAUCAUUGUCAUUGCAAUUUUGCAGAGAAUUGGUCGCUGGAAGUCAGUUCCACUCCCAGAUUACACAGAUGCUCCAGGAAACAUCAAAAACUUCAUGCAAAAGAUUGAUGAAUUCCGCCAUAUUGUUAAAGUUCGCUUUGUUUGGGGAGAACCACAAAUCACACUUCAAACAUGCGAAUUUUUGCUCGUAAUGUGUCUUGUUUUCUAUUUCUUGGAUCCAUUCAUCAUUCUCGCGAUUUCCUUAAUUGGUUUGUCCUUCUUCGAGCGCUGGGAUCCAUUCAAACUCGGAUCUCUUUCCAAACUCCUUUCUCAGCUCAUUUUAUGGUAA